UAUCUUAUCUCCAUAAUUUAAAUUUAACGUUCUUGAUGACUAAUAAUCACGACCGCGACGCGCUUCCAUUUCGAUAUUCACAUCACAGCUUCGGAUUAUUCUUGGUCUCGAUCUCCAAAGCCUGUGGCUGCUUCCCGCAUUAUACCAAUUAUAUUGCAUUCGGCUAAUACCUCAACAUGGCCCCGGAUAGCAACACCUUGAGGGGUAGACCCGCUCACACACCCGGCACAACAGUGCUAACUUAUACUCCCAAUGGCAAACAAGUAAUUACUGGUGGAUCAAACUCUGGAAUUCGAGUGUUCUCAACUGGAGAGCAUGGCGAACCGAAGACAAUCGAUGAAGGGAUGGAGAGCCAUUUGGCAAUCGCAGCAACUAAUGAGUCCAUAAUACUGGGGUCUGAGGAUGGGACAGUAUGGCUUUACAAACUGCAAGAGGCCACAAUGGAUAAACCAUUAGCUCGUUGUGCAUUACCAGUUCGAGACCUGGCGAUUUCCAAGGACGAGGAAUGGAUUGCUGUUGCUAGCGAUGAACUGACUGUCAAGAUCGUGAAUAUUAACGAUAUUACGGAGGUCAAAUAUUUACGGGAUCAAACAAAAGGAGUCAAGCAUGUAACAUUUGAUCCCAGCGGGAGAUUUGUCACAGUGUCUUGCGCUGAUGGAAUUAUCUAUAUUUACUCGUUCACGGAAACAGAACCUACGUUGCUGCACAAACUUGAUGGAGUGAUUCGACAACUUGAAACAGAUAACGAGGCAACAUCAAGCGCGGUUUGGCACCCAGAUGGAACUGCAUUCGCCGCAGUAGAAGCCACAAGGGAUAUCACAGUAAUAUCGAGUAGGGAUUGGACUAAGCAACGGAAAUUCUCUGGUGGUCAUAAUGGAGAUGUCACCUGUCUCGCGUGGUCUCCUAACGGGGCAUUGCUUGCAAGUGCCGGAGCUGACCGCAAAAUUCUCCUCUGGGAAACCAGGACCCAAAAAGUCAUAAAGACAUACGACAUUCCAAAUGUUAUCAAUUUCCGCUGGCAUCCCACCCAGAAUGUUGUUGCAUUUACUACCUCCGAUGGAGAGCUGUUUAUCUACGAUGAUUUUGUCCCAUCAGAAUUUCACUCAUUUCUAGCGAAGACCUUGGAAGUGGCGCCGUUACUCUCAAUUGGCUCACAUGAAGAGAUCACAAUCUCUCAUAGACCCCAACGACAUGAUACCAAUAUUUCUGGAAACAGGCAGAGAGGAGGAAGUCCGGACUCUCUUGAUGACAUACUAGGGCCAGCGGAUGAUGAAGAUGAUUUUGUUGAGGAUGACGAUGGUGCAGGCUACACCGAAAACGUCAAUGGCCUUGGAAAGAGAACUAACACUCAUAUGGAUGAGUUAUUCGGUCAUGAAACGAAACGGAGACCAACGGCCCCUUGGAAGACUAUAUCUCAUGAACCCUUUCAGCCAGGUAGCACCCCAUGGAGAGGCAACAGAAGAUAUCUAGCGUUGAAUCUUGUUGGGUUUGUAUGGACUGUUGAUCAAGACACGCACAAUACUAUCACCGUGGAGUUCUACGACCGGGAAUGCUAUCGUGACUUUCAUUUCACAGACCCAUAUCUCUAUGACAAGGCGUGUUUGAACGAGAAGGGCACUUUAUUUUCAUGCCAACCUACCUCCAGCAAUCCAGCAACAGUGUUUUACCGGCCGCAUGAAACGUGGACAACAAGAGCAGACUGGCGGACAGAACUUCCACCGGGAGAGAAGAUUACUUCCAUUGCAUUGAGUAAUUCUUACAUUACGGUGACUACUUCGACGGACUACGUUCGGAUUUAUACACUGUUUGGCACUCCAUAUCGGGUAUUCCGACAAAAGAGCCAAACAGUGACCUGCGCGGCAUGGCGAGACUAUGUCAUUACCAUCGGGAAUGGCCCAGCAGGUAGUGAUGGAGUCGCACAAUUGAAGUAUUCCAUUGAGAACGUUCGACGUGACGAGAUUUGUCAAAACGAGGACGCUGUUGCACUAGCAGGAGGUACGCGGCUGCAGAGCGUAUUUUUUUCAGACAAGGGCGAUCCUUGCAUUUAUGACAGCUCGGGAGUUCUUCUUGUGUUGCAACAUUGGCGGAAACCAGGACAGGCCCGCUGGGUCCCGCUUCUUGACACAAAACUGCUUGAACGUGUUGCCAGUGGCCGCAAGGAAGAAACCUAUUGGCCAGUUGCUGUUGCACAGGAUGUUUUCCACUGCAUAAUCCUAAAGGGUGGGGAUAGAUAUCCCUACUUCCCACGACCAUUGCUCACCGAGUUCGACUUCCAAAUACCGAUAUCCUACAUUUCAUCCAAGGAACAGAGCAACAAAGAUGGAGACAUGGAAAUGGAAGACGCUGAAGAAGCCGCGAGGAACAAUAACAGGAAAUUACAAGAGUCUCUUGUCAGGGCGAAUUUAGACUAUACUCUUCUGGAGGACUGCAUCACGGCGUCCGAGAUCGGGGCAGCUGGAGAUGCUGAGCUGAGGAGGAAAGCGCUUGAUAUUGACAAGAUUCUCCUGCAGUUGCUUGCUGUCGAAUGCCGCGAGGGUGAGGAAAGGGGCAUGAAGGCCCUUGAACUUGUCACCAUGCUCCGAGACCGUUCUGGGAAGAUGCUAGAUGCUGCUAGCAAGAUUGCACAACGCUACCACAGAUCUAUACUCGAUGACAAGAUUAGAGCCAUUGCAGAACGAAGACUGAUGGGUGAGGAUGAUGAUGACAUCACCGGGGAUAACGACGAUAUGUAA